GCUCGUCGUACGCGGUCUUAUCAAACUGUCAACUCUGCACAAUAUAAAACUGAGAUUUCUAUACCGUUUAUAUUGAGAUUUAAGAAAGAUGUGUCGUGAUAAGAUUUGAAGCAACAGAAUGCAAGAGCGCUGCCAGUAUUACACAAUAAGUGAAUUUAUCAGAUUCGAUAUUAAAGCCCGCUUCGAUCAUAAAAUAGUGAAAUAAUCGACUGAUUUCUUAAUAUUUUAUUUCGUUCAACGCGAUGUCUGUAUCUACAAAGAUUUCCAACGAAGAAUGUUCGUUACCAAUGCCGGAACGAAAGUCAUCCUUCAGUAUAAUUGCUAAAUAUGUACCGGUGCUCGGCUGGCUACCCCGAUACACUCGAAUGGAAGCUGUGUCAGAUUUCAUAGCUGGUAUUACUCUGGGUUUGACCAUGAUACCCCAGAGUAUAGCCUACGCGGCAUUAGCCGGUCUAACUGCACAGUAUGGCUUAUAUUCUUGUUUCGUGGGCGGUUUCUUAUAUAUCUUCUUUGGGACCAUUAAAGAAGUCUCAAUUGGUCCAUCGUCUUUGAUGGCUCUUGUGACAUUACAAUAUACGCGGGACAUGCCGAUUGAUUUCAUGGUACUCUUGUGUUUUCUGGCUGGAUGCGUGGAAUUUUUGAUGGGCAUAUUUAAUUUAGGAUGUAUGGUAGAUUUCAUAUCAGUUCCCGUUACAUCUGGUUUUAUUUCGGCAACGUCGGCCAUUAUAAUUAUCUCUCAGCUUCAAGGGCUUUUUGGAUUAAAAUAUAAAUCAGUUAAUAUUGCAGACAAUUUGUACAAAUUAUUUAAAAAUAUUACUAAGACUCAACUAGGCGACAUCACACUUGGAAUCUGUAGCAUCAUAUUUCUUCUGAUCUUCAGAAAAUUGAAAGACAUCGAUUGUUCUUGUGCGAGAGACAAGAAAAACCCUGUCAAAAAUGCAACGGUAAAGAAGAUAUUUUGGUACUUGUCUAUUAGUCGAAAUGCUCUCAUCGUAUUUAUAACGACAACAAUAGCUUAUCGAUGCGAAGCAACAGGAUCCGCUCCGUUUAGGCUUUCAGGACAAAUAAAAUCUGGUCUUCCUACAGUAUCGUUACCGCCUUUCUCAGUGCAAGUUGGAAAUCAAACUUACACAUUUCUGGACAUGUGCGCUCAUUACGGAUCCGGAAUAGUGAUACUUCCCCUUAUAUCAAUCUUAGCGAACGUGGCGAUAGCCAAAGCUUUUGCGAUGGGUGCCGCCGUUAAUGCGACGCAGGAGAUGCUGACACUUGGUCUCUGUAACAUAUUCGGCAGUUUCGUAUCAUCGAUGCCUACCACCGGUGCAUUCACACGAAGCGCAGUCGGUAGCGCCAGCGGCAUACAAACCCCUAUGGCCGGCUUAUAUUCCGCAACCAUGACAUUAUUGGCUCUGAGUUUUUUAACACCGUACUUUAGUUACAUUCCUCGCGCAACGCUAUCAGCGGUGCUGAUAACCGCUGUAGUGUUCAUGAUCGAUGUGAAGAUUUUUAAAUUGCUCUGGAAGGGACACAAAACGGAUGCUAUCGCGGCGGUAGGCACCUUCUUAAUCUCUGUUUUUAUCAGUGUCGAGAUUGGGCUGCUUCUCGGUAUCUUUUUCAGUCUAAUCUUCUUCAUUCGACCGACUGCGAGACCGACGCUUGAAGUCAUCAAGUGUAAGACUCAUUUAGGAAAUAGAUAUGUAAUGUUGAAGCCCGAUAUAUGUCUCUAUUAUCCCGCAGUAAAUUUUUUCUGCGAUAAAAUAAUGAGUACAGCCAGAAACGAACAAGAUGAUGUUUCAUUGAUUCUAAAUUGCGAAAGAUUCACUAGUCUUGAUUACACUUCAAUCAAGGGUAUCGAAACGCUAUCGAAACGAUUGAAUCUUGAAAGAAAUCGAUUUUGGUUGUUGCAUCUUAAUUCCGAUGUCAUGGAGACUUUAAACAUUCUUGCCGACAAUAAAUAUAUUCGUCUGAUAAAAAAUGAAGACAGCAUCGUAGAUAUUCUUCAAGACGACGCAUUAUCUGAUAAAGAACCUGAAGAUUCAAUUAAUAUUGUUAUAAACAAAGCAAUGGAAAUGAAAAAAUUGGAUCAUGAAGAUUUCUCAUAUUCAUCUUUGCGACAAAAGGAUUCCGAAUCUAAUGCUGAAGAAAUGAUUUUAUUGUCUCCAUCCGAGUCAAAAAUAUAACAAUAAUUGUAUUUGCUACUCUAUCUUAAUUAAAUUUAAUCUAUAUUUGCGUAAAUAUUAUGCAUGAUUUUAAUUAGACAAUGCUGUUAAAAACAAAUUUCACAAAACGUUUACCAAAAUCUAACUAAAUGUAAUUU